AUGACCCCUUCUAUUGAGAUAUUUGCUUUAUUGUGCUGGUCUGGAGCUGAAUCUGUAAUAUCUCCAAGGUACCUAUGUAUGGUUUAUUACUCCUUUCGUGCUGGGCAACUUAUAGGAGAAGACUCUGGAAAAUACUUGCUGAAUGGAAGAAUGAAGAGCUUUUCAAAUGAUUCUAGCGUCCCUGCCAUUUCCUGGUGGGGUGGGGCAGAGGCUGGUUCCCUUUGCGUGCCCGUAAGAGCAACAGACACACAGCCCCGUGCAAGGGACCUCAUUCACCUCGGUGGAGCAUGGGCACCACGAGAUGUGUUGUGGGUGAGUGGUUAUCACCAUGACGUCAGCCUCAAAGGUUAG